GGGGUCUUUGUUGGGCUGUUGAUGCUGAGUUGACUUUCAGCAGCUGAAGAGAAGCUGACUGGGUUCAGGUUGUUACGACGCACUUUAAUGGCUUCAGAGACACGUUGUUCUUCUUAUAUCCAACAUAAAACAACAUGAAUAUCCUCAGAUCUCGCCUUUCCAUCAGAAACUUCACAGGUCAGAGGUGCAGACAGGUCACUGAAACAUGGAGCCACAGAGGGAUGUGCAAUAAACCACAGGAGGUCAAAGCAGAGCCUCCACCUGCAGCCCCAGCACCAGCAGCAGCAGCAGCGCCUCGUGCCGGGUUCAGACUCCCAGGCUACAGACCCUCAGAUCUGGACAAGAAGUGCCUGGUCUGGUCGGGACGCUUUAAGACAGCCGACCAGAUACCAGAACUUGUGUCGUUUGAGAUGAUUGAUGCUGCCAGAAACAAAGUCAGAGUGAAAGCCUGCUACGUGAUGAUGGCAACCACAAUAGUGGCCUGUCUGAUAACGGUGUUCAUGGGCAAACGGGCUGCAGGCAGGCACGAGUCCCUGACGGGUCAAAACAUGGAGAAGAAAGCCAGAUGGAGGGAGGAACUACAGCGGGAGAAGGAAGCAGCUGUUGCUCUGUCUGCGAAGGCUCAGUGAUGGAAGACAAUUAGUCCCGGCACAACCAGUUUCCCCCCCAGUACUGGGCCAAUAGUGUCCCCCUUCUUGCUGUAUGUGUCACAACUUCAGAGUUCUCCACUUCCAUCCUAGAGAGCGACCAACAGAGCAGUCGGUACUUUAUAGUUUUGCAACUUGGAGAUUGACUUUAACACACAUCGAUGGAUCAGUUAGUAAUUUUUGAAAGCCAAUGUAAGGUUUUAUCUUGUCAGUGAAUACAGAGGUUAUAAACUGGCACCUGUUUUUGAGGAAACUAACAACUACUGUGGUGUCAGCACAGUAGACAUAAUCUAGUACUGUGAUCCAGGUUUUAGGAGUUUAUAACUAAUCCUUGACAUUUACUACACAGCAAAAUAAUGAUUUUCAGACAAGAAAUUAGUUGAUGCACCAAUGAAGUUUUCUAUCCAAUAAAUGCUUCUAGUAACCUUUCAACACACCUCUAAAGCUCUCCAACAUAAAUACCUUAGGUAUUUCUGUUUUUUAUAUUUGCCUCAGAGGCAACAGUCCGCCUUGUGAAGACAGUUCAGCCCUGAAGGGUUUCAAAUGGUCUUCAGUUUUCUUAAAGGAAAAUGGAUCAGGCAAGAUCCAUCUGCACAAUGGUCUGUUUUGUCCUGAUACUUGUGUGAUUAAGCAGGUUUGUUCAUGACUGAUGUGACAUCUGUUUGUAUAUAGUGAACACCAAAAAAACAUCAAAUCAAUAAAGUAUUGCUCCUUGACAA